UCCGGCCAUCACACAACUCGGACGAUUUUCCGCUCGCCAAAAUACUUCAGAACCUCCCUAUUUCACGUCGAAAAAAUAGUCCCAAACCCCCCUCAAACCCUUCAGUCAACCUCAAUCCCAACCCACGACCCCAAUCCGCGCCCUUAGAAUCUCCCCAGCGCCAUCCAGACCCUCUGGAACACCGAAAAGAGACACGUGACACGCGCUCCAUCGGGGGGAGGCGACCGAGCUGGCGGAAUCGGACAUCGGCCAAGGGAACAUCGAGCCAACAAACAACAACGAGAACAAGAACAAGAACAACACGAGCACCCCACCAACAACCCCAACAAGACCCUCCGUCAGCAGAAGCGAGAGGAGCCGUCCGUCCUCCUGGCCGAGAGGGGUGUCACAUGACCUUGAAUCCCCUCGAUGGUGAUCUCGUGACCAACUGAAGAAGCAACAGCGCUCCCUCACCCAUGGACAUGAUACAGACAGCACUCGACACAAGUGGGGACAAGGACUGUGAAUGUGAGGACGACAAGGUUGCUCUCACACAGCGCCUGGCCAUUGUGGAGGAAGACGGAGCAGUCCGGGAUAGCUCGUCACCGAUCCUCGCCCAGUCUGGCUUCACCCUACGCUCUGAUUCAGAGCACAGUGGAGCUGUGGCAUAUCGGGUGGUACAGUUCGGCACAGAUGGUGGCGUCGACGCGAUACCCCAAGGUGCAGUCCAGAAUACAGUACCUAACUUGUUAACAGCCACGCAAAUGAACGGCUCACCCAGUGACAACUCCGAGACCCGCUUAGCCCUGAUCACCUCGGGAGAUGUCCCAACUGACGGCAAUAGUGCGGUUGUGGUUUCAGGAGGACAAUUUUAUGUCAUCAGCGAUGUGCUCACCAACACAGCACCUCGCAGCCUCACGCCGAGAACAAGUGAGAGUAUGAUGAGCCAACGUCUGACGGGGACUACCAGGGAGGAGAAGCGGAGAGUCACACAUAAUGAGGUGGAGCGCAGAAGACGGGACAAGAUCAACAACUGGAUCUGCCGCCUAGCCAAGAUCAUCCCAGACUGCCCCGAUGCACACCCAAAGAGUGCACAGAGCAAAGGUGGCAUCCUGGCCAAGGCAUGCGACUACAUAUCUGAGCUGAGACUGCAGAAUGAACAGCUGAUGGAGCGGCUUAAGGAGGUGCAGCGACGAGACAUGGACUUUGAGUUGCUCAAGCAGGAGGUGGAGGUGCUGAAGAAUGAGAACGCAGCACUGAAGAACGAGAAUGCACUGGUGCGGUCUCAGCUGCAGCAGCAAGGCCUCCUGGCUGAACUACCCCCAUAACUCAGGCAAACUGCAAGGCAUGGCCAGUGGACUCGCACCUGCAAGCACUCUGGUGGCUCCUUUGUGGAUAGAUAAUUUAUAUACAUAUAAAAAAAAAGUAAUAAAAAAAUGAGAUAUUUGUAAAUUGUGAUACGAAAAUUAUAUUUACGUGAAAAGCCUGAGAUGUUCAUUGAGUUGGGCCUUAGUGUGGACAAAUCUUUAUGUUGUAAAGGAGCUGUUGAUGGUAACCUAUUGCAAUCAACCGUUGGCGUUGUUGCAAGGAGUGAGGCAUGCACCACUGCAGGGAGGAACGGCCUGCUUUGUAUUAGAUGAUCUGACAGCCCUAAUAUAGAGGAUUAAAAAAGAAAGUGAAAUGGCUAUUGUAGAUAAUCUGUUGUUAAUUUUGAGGGGAAUUUUAUUUUUAUUUUUUUAUCAUAAUUAUUUUUUAGUUCUUUAUUUAUUUUUUAGUUCUUUAUUUAUUUACUUUGUAUUUUGUAAUUGCUCUUUUUCUUUCUUUUUUUAAAUCUUUUAUAUAUAUGUGAAUGUUCUACUUGUAGUAUGAUUGUUUUUUUAGUAUAAAAGGCAGAUUGUUUUUCUCGUUUGGCCAUUCUUUGCAGAUUUUUUUCAAUUUUUUCAAAAAAAGGAUUUAGCUACUUCAUAAAGACAUUUUUGCUUUUAGAACAGAUGCUUAACUAUGAAAAUUCAGGAAGACAAAAUCAGUGAGGUUAAUUGUCUCUUUUUACAGACAAAACUUGCUGUGUAUAUAGAUGGUGUAAAAGUAAAGAAAAGAAAUAUAUUAUUGUGGAUUUUUGUCAGUUUCAGAUGAAAUUUUCUUUAAAGAGGUACAAAUUGAA